UCGUGGCACGAAUCUUGGCGCACAGGCCACAGGCAUCUUCUUCCUCCCGCCUCUCGACCGCGCGCCGCCGCCGUCGCCGCCGCCUCCGCCGCGUGCGAAGCUUGGAGAGUUCGAGCACGGGCAUGGCGUCCUCGGGGGGAGCGGCGAUCUCGGCGGGGCCCACGCCGCCGUCGGCGGCGGCGGCGUCGUCGUCGGUGGACUGGCACCUGCGGCCGCCGAACCCGAAGAACCCGGUGGUGUUCUUCGACGUGACCAUCGGGUCCAUCCCCGCCGGCCGCAUCAAGAUGGAGCUCUUCGCCGACAUCGUCCCCAAGACGGCGGAGAACUUCCGGCAGUUCUGCACUGGAGAGCACAGGAAAUCAGGUUUACCACAGGGAUAUAAGGGUUGUCAGUUCCAUCGAGUGAUCAAAGAUUUCAUGAUUCAGGGAGGUGACUAUAUGAAGGGGGAUGGUACUGGAUGCACGUCAAUCUAUGGUACCAAAUUUGAUGAUGAAAACUUCAUUGCAAAGCAUACUGGUCCUGGCCUACUUUCUAUGGCAAAUAGUGGGGUGAACUCUAAUGGAUCUCAGUUCUUUAUAACUUGUGCAAAAUGUGAAUGGCUGGACAACAAGCAUGUGGUUUUUGGGAGGGUGCUAGGGGAUGGUAUGCUUGCUGUGCGGAAGAUCGAGAAUGUUGCAACUGGACCAAACAACCGACCGAAGCUCGCAUGUGUCAUAAGCGAGUGUGGUGAGAUGUAGUUUGUACCUUGAGGGUGACUAUUCUUGGUGCUGCUGAUGUAGAAAUAGACUUUGCAUGGAUGAAACUACUCCAGCAUUGGAAGCACCAUAAGACAUAGCUGUACCAAAGUAUCAAUUCACCUUGAAUGAGUGUCUGUCUAUACACUGAUGAAAGUUCAUCCUCACUUCGUCAGUGACAUCAGUUGUCACUUAAACUGUUGAUUAAUAUUCUAAACAGGGAAUAUGUGUGUCUGUUCGACUUGAACCUUCGUCAUGUCAAGUGGAGCUGGCAUUAUAUUCAGCUGAACAUGCUUGAUGAAA